UUCAGGUUUACAGUAUCACAACACACAUUUAGCGUUAGCCUAUUAACGCUGUAACAACACAUCCGUAUAUUUAUAACCAUCAAAUGAUGUUUGAGCUGAGUUAUAUCAUUUGGCCAGGGGAGUAUUAAAUAACAUUCGUAGACAAAUUCUAAAUAAAUCUGCCGGAACAUGCUCCCCGCUCCCCGAAAGCGCCACACGUGUGAAGCCGGAAAACCGCAACUCCUAGGCGCGGAGGGCGGGGCGCCCAGGAGGGGCAGCGCUUACUCAGAGUCUGCGAUCUCACAGCGGGACAACUGCGGAGAGCGCCGGCCGACGGGGAGACACUGCAUGGGUCUGUGUGUUUUUACCAUCUGAAUCUGCACCGCUGUAACAUCUUCACCCGCCUCUCGGCUCCCAUCAAGUGGCGUCUCUCCUGGCCUCAUGUGUCUCACAGACCGUCUGUGAGCGGCACGCCGUCGAGCCCCAGAAAGCGACCGCCAUGCUGGAGCAGCUGCCCCAGGAGAAUCGCUCCUAUCCGGAGGCCAACGAAAGCUGCCGCUUCGACGAGGAGUUCAAGUACAUCCUCCUGCCCGUCUCCUACAGCCUGGUGUUCAUCAUCGGGCUGGCGCUCAACUCGGUGGCCCUGUGGAUGUUCCUGUUCCGGAUGCGGCCGUGGAGCGGCAGCGUCGUCUACAUGUUCCACCUGGCACUGUCCGACACGCUCUACGUUCUUUCCCUGCCCACGCUCAUCUACUAUUAUGCCAACCGCAGCCACUGGCCCUUCGGGGUGGCUCUCUGCAAAGCUGUGCGUUUCCUGUUCUAUGCCAACCUCUACUGCAGCAUCCUGUUCCUCACCUGUAUCAGCGUCCACCGCUACCUGGGCAUAUGCCACCCCAUCCGCAGCCGGGCCUUGCUGAAGCCACACCACGCGCACUUGACAUGCGGCCUGGUGUGGACGGUCGUCACCAUCUGUCUCGUACCCAACAUCAUCUUUGUCACCACCAGUGUCCGGGACAACGACACUCUGUGCCACGACACGACUCUGCCAGAGGACUUUGAGCAGUACGUGAACUACUGCUCGGCCGUCAUGGUCCUGCUCUUUGGCAUCCCCUUUCUGGUCAUUAUGGUCUGCUAUUGCCUGAUGGCGUGGGCACUCUGCCAGCCCAGGCGCGGCCUGUCCUCCAACCAGAAGGGGGCAGCCUCACGUACAAAGUCCAUCAAGUUGAUCGUGGUGGUGCUGGUGGUGUUCGCCAUAUGCUUUGUGCCCUUCCACAUUACGCGGACGCUUUACUACACGUACCGGGUGCUCAACGCGCAGUGCGCCGUGCUUAACAUCGUCAACUUCGCCUACAAGAUCACCCGUCCGCUAGCGAGCGUCAACAGCUGCAUUGACCCCAUCCUCUACUUCCUGGCUGGAGAUCAUUACCGCUCCAAGCUACUGCAGGCCAUCAACUGGCGGAGGCAGGCAACCAAGCGUUCCACCAACGGUACCCUGCCCCAGCCAGCCAUCAACAAUAACAUCGCCCUCAGUCAAACAAACCCAUACUUCAGAGCUGCAGUGGACCACUGAGCACUAGAGCUGGUCGACACAUGUGGCACCAUGACGCUGGGAAGAUAUCAGGUCUCUCGAUCUGCAUAUUUCCAGCAUUCCCAGAUCUGGGGGGGGGGGGGGGGGUCAAUUACUCACAGUGCCAUGUGCUCAUGCUGCUCCUUUGCCUAAUGAAUCAAGAAAAGGCAGAUUCCACUAUUAAGGCACCAAGGAAGCCAACCUUCCCCAAAGGCCCUCCACGGACGAUGCCGAAUCAUAGAAUGGGGCCAAUGAAUGUUUUCUUGGUGUUGCUGAGGAGCAGUGAGCCACCCGGGACGAAGAAUCAAACGUCUCACCUCCAUUUGAGAGAGGAACAUGUCCUGGGCUCUGCAGAAACGUGAUCUAUUUUUCUAAUGCUCUUCUGGCAGCAAAGCCCUGUAAGCUGAAUUUCUUGGCCUAAUGCAGCCCAACAAAACAGACUCUGUAGCCUGGAGACACAGCCUGUUUGUCCCGUGCCGAGGAGGAGGCUGUUUACGGGAUGCUCUGUGAUUUUCAUUUAUGAUACAGUGUAGGACACAGUGAGGAACACAGUGUAGGACACAAUGAAGAACACAGUGUAGGACAAAGUGAAGCACACAGUAUAGGACAAAGUGAAGAACACAGGUUAGGACACAGUGAAGAACACAGUAUAGGACACAGUGAAGAACACAGUGUAGGACAAAGUGAAGAACACAGUUUAGGACACAGUGAAGAACACAGUGUAGGACACAGUGAAGAACACAGUUUAGGACACAGUGAAGAACACAGUAUAGGACAAAGUGAUGGACAGAGUGUAGGACACAGUGAUGGACAGAGUGUAGGACACAGCGAUGGACAGAGUGUAGGACACAGUGAUGGACAGAGUGUAGGACAUUGUGCGGGGGCUGCUGGAUUUUUCCGGUUCCACUGAGGCUUAUUUCAUGCUCACAUCCAGCUGUUUCCUGUGCAGGAGUCACACAUCUGUUUCUAUCUGGAAAAGGGGGGUGUCUGGGGGGACCCUGAAAGGAUUAUAUUUCGGAGACAGAGCCGACCAAGCUGGAGAUGACUGAUAUAAUAGGCUCUUCUCCAUUGGACAUUUCAUAUCACAUGAUUCAUGAUCACAUGAUCAGUGCCGAGUAACAGUAGCUGUGUCGGGCUGGAUGCAGAGAGAUGGCACAGUGGUGGAUGGAACACUGGUGGGAGGUGGUCAGACAAGAUCUCCACUGUCCCACAUCCCAUAUUAUAACUCUCUAUGGAAGUGUAUAUUAGCUUCUAUGGAAGUUCAUCCGAAGGACCUGCUGGACCCUAUACUGGUAGCCUUCAGAGCUGACGUCCACUCUAGCCACUGUACUCAGUGGCUGAUGAUGAUGAUGAUGAUGGUUCUGACAUUCUCAUCCCUCCUCUGUCCAGGAAAUUGCCCCGACAUCCUUAAUGCUGUCCCAUUGUGCCCAAAUUAGUUCCGUGAUAAGACCAACGUUCAAAAGUAGGACCUCGCAGGACAAAACAGGGAAGUCAGGGGGUGUGAUCUCCACCGUCAUGGAGACUGAUAUGACUCAUGGGGGGGGGCGCUGGGGUGGGUGGACAUAACCAAGAGCCAACUUUGUAAGGAGUCCCACCACCAUACUCCAGCCUGUACGACUCGCGGGUAAAAAUGCAGAUACCAUCCUAUUCGGAAUAUGGAGAUUGUCACUGCAGUGAGACUGUUCCAGACGGAAACCUGCAGCACUCAGGAUCAGUGUCAGUCGGCUCUCCAUUCCCAGCCCCAUCUCACCUUGGCACGUACCGUUCAUUGUUCUUUACUUUUGUCGUCAUUGACAACAGAGAUUGUAACAUAGAUAUUUAUGUACAAGUACCUUGUUGCUAUCGGCAACUAUAUUGGAAGGGGUGCUAUAUAAAAAUGACUAUUUAUAGCAAUUAAUGACUUCUAGUAAGAGUUUAAUAUAGCCGAAGUAACUGCAUUAAUCUUAGAAAUAAGACUCGUGUACAUAGCAGCUUGAAGGAUACCUGUGAAAGGACGUUCAUGGCAAAAUGCAAAAGUGCACUGCCUGCGCCCUCUUGUGGUCAAGUGGGGGAAAUACAGCCGCCACGUGCCGAUUAGGGACCAUUCCAUUAACUGGAAUUUCAGCUGGGAAAUUCACUCUCACUUUCCCUGUACAUUUACGCAUGUAUUAAAGGAUUGUAUUUUUUUUUUUU